AUGUUACACCUCAGCAACAGUCAGGCCGCCGAGCUGGUGGAAAGGCUGUACGGUUUGGAUGUGGAAUCAGUGACGGACCUGGACAGUUAUGGCGACUAUAACUUCCAUGUGAAGGUGUCCGGUGUUCACGAGGAGCACCACGGGUACGUGUUAAAGGUCAUGAACGCAGAAGAUUCCCGUGACGAAGAACAAAUCACAGCUCAAACAGCGAUGAUGACCUUCCUGUCCACCAGAGGUUUCCCCGUUCAGAGACUGCAGCAGAACCGCUGGGGAAAAGUCAUGAGCCUGGAAACCUUCCAAUGGAAACAACAUGGUACACAGGUCUCCUCUGAUCACAACGUCCGUCUCAUGACGUACCUUCCCGGCAUCCUUGGCAGUGACGUCACUUUUGACUCCAAGUCCUUGCUGGCUGCUGGUGUGUAUCUGGCCAGACUUCAUCAGACUUUACAGGACCGAUCCAUGCAGAUUUCAGAAGCGAGAACAUCCUUGUGCGGGAGAAGACGACAAACUCGGCAGAGGGAAGGAUUUGAGUCCGUCCGCCCGCUUACCGCGGCCGAGUGGGACGUGCUGUAUCCCUGUGUAGUGGGAGUCGCCUGUCAGCUGUACGUGCUGAAUCAACACAGCAUCAGUGUGGACCCGGGGAGAGCACCGUAUAUUCUAAAAGAGUGUGGUCGCAUUCAGGAGACUCUGAAGCUUUUGGAGGAGAAAGUAUUCGAAGUUGUGGCUAAGUUUGACAGUGUCUGGAAGCCCUGUUAA